AUGAUAUAUUUUCUUGAUCUUCUUUUAUUGAGUUUGGUGGUGGGUUUGGUGGGAGUUGCUUCUAAUCCUGCACCUUAUUUUGCAGCUUUAGGGCUGGCAAUGGCAGCUGGGAUUGGGUGUGUUAUUUUAGUUGGGCAUGGUGGGUCAUUAAUUGGUUUAAUGCUAUUUUUAAUUUAUCUGGGGGGUAUGUUGGUAGUAUUUGCUUAUUCAGCGGCUUUAGCUUCUGAGCCUUUUCCUGAAACAUGGGGAGCGGGUUCGGUAAAAGCUUAUGUAUUAAUGUAUGUAUUUGGGGUGGGGAUGGUAGGGUGGUGAUUUUGAAGUGGUUAUGGGGGCUGAGUUGUUGUAGAUGAGUUUAAAGAAUUUUUUAUGGUACGGGGGGAUGUAGGUGGAGUUUCUUUAAUAUAUUCUGUUGGGGGUGGAAUGUUAGUUGUUUGUGCGUGGGUUUUGUUACUAUGUCUUUUUGUAGUGUUAGAGCUAACGCGUGGUCUAAGUCGAGGGGCGCUUCGAGCAGUUUAA